CUCAGCCUCACCAGCCUCAAGAUCUUUUCUAACUGAUCUUUAGCUAAGACUCGUCGAUAUGUCUUAGGAUUUUCUCUGCGUCUCCUUGGCAACUGCCCUCUUGCUUGAUGAGCCUGGCGACAGAACAAGCUUGACGGUCUGACGUGAGGCAUUUUCUCCCUUCACCGGCCACAUUUGCAACCCCUUCAUUCGAGCACAUUGCCCUUCUAUGCAACAAUCGCUGGUUGAGAUCUCACAGCGCUUUCGAGCUCACCCAGCAAGUCUCUCUGGCCGAUCGAGAAGCUGAAUUCGAAUGGUAAGACUAAACAUAAGUUUUUGGAAGGUUCCUUGUCAGACAGCGCUUUUACUUUGACCUCGUGCCUGCCAGCCAGUCUUGUGUACAGCACCUUCGUCUAGUCCCGUGGCCAUUCAUGUCUCUCUUCUCUUUUUCCUCACUCACUCCCCAUCACACAUCACUUCAUCCUUUCAUUCUGCCCCUGCCCACCUAUUGUUAUCGUUGCAAGCCUCGUGUGCCAUCACGAGUUCCGUUUGUUCAACACUUCAUUCAGCCACCUGAUUCCUCCAGGCAUCUUCCCAAGAUGCCCAGGUCAAAAAGCAAGUCGCCGCUCGGCGACCGUGCUGAUCAAAGUCUGCACGAAACACCUCUUGAAGCCGAAUCCCGCAAACAAGCCAACUUCGUCGAAGUCGAGGCCAAGCUACCGAAACGAUUUGACAGAUCGGAAAUGGGCUUCAUUGACAAGGGCACAAGUAUCCUUGGUCCCAAGAAUCCAUUUGGCAAGAAGGCCACCCCAAAAGAGAACAUAGUAUGGAUUCUCGACAACACCGCAUACAGACCGGUCAAGCCGGGCACAGAUACCUCGCAACCUUGGGAGGCGGAAUUCGUCGCUUGUUACUUCCGUGAAGGUCGCAAGGAUCUGACAAAAUAUGUUAGCAACAUUGCGGAUCUCCUUGGUAUCGACGGCAAGGCGGGUGCCGAUCCCACUGUUACCCAAAGAAUCGAAGAACGGCUCAAGCCUUUCGUGAUGGCAAUAGCGCCUGCCAGAACGAUCGAGAUCGAGAUUCCGUGCCCCAGUCCAGAAGGAAGUCCACACAAGAGGCUCCUCGGUCCAUCGAACUCGAACGGCAUCAGUAGCCAGAUCAUGCUCACCGGUGGUUCUGACAAUGCUGACGGCAAGACGGUGGUUUGUAGAAGUGUGGAUGACCUUUUCCCCGAUAUCAAAUCAGAAACACGUUUCGUUGGCCCUGAAGGGUGGGCUAUUCUCUCCGACAUUGAUGACACCAUCAAGGUUACGCAGACUCCGAAUCCUACUGGAAUCCUACAAACCACAUUUGCAGAAGAACCCAAGACGACUGCCGGCAUGCCAGAGUUCUACAAAGUGUUGAACGAAGCUUUCAACAAUCCUGCGUGGUUCUAUCUUUCAGCGUCGCCCUACAACCUAUAUACUUUCCUCCACGACUUCAUCCGUCAGAACUACACACUCGGAACAAUCAUUCUACGAGAUGCCUCCUGGAUGGCCUUUGGAGGCUUGCUGCAGUCGUUCACGCAAGGUGUGCAAGCGUAUAAGACGAGUCGGAUUGAGAAGAUACAGUCAUGGCUUCCCAAACGCCAGUUCAUUUGCAUUGGUGAUUCGACUCAAUCAGAUCCUGAAACCUAUGCUCAGAUGUACACCAAGUAUCCGGAAUGGAUCAAGGCCAUCUACAUCAGAAAGGUCAUCGAUGCUCCGAACAUGGAGGCCAAGAACAAGAACCAACGAUUCGUCGAUGCUUUCAAGGAUGUACCGGACCACGUGUGGAGAGUGUUUGUGCAACCUGAAGAAGUGGCAGAUCAUGUCAAACAUCUUGCCGGUCACGCUCAUGCUGGGAUGCUUGGGUCUCUGCUUGGGCGGUAGUGCCAGACCGAGCAUGACAUGAGAUCGAAACUGUCAAAGUCCCAGCUGAAUACACCUCAAGCACGUACACCGCAGCCUCGAACACCAGAAGCAAGAACUCCACGUUCUCCUAGCCCAGGACCGCAGAAUCGGGAUGCUGUCGUCAAGACUCUGGGUAGCUUGGGAAAGGAUUUGUCUGCUGUGCAGAAAGGCUCAUCAUCGCUGCGGCCUAGCCCUGGACAUGGCGCAAAGAGUGUCUGAACUGAACGCGGAUUGCUUUCGAAGAACUGGGAGGGAGUCCUGGACCACUCCUGCGGCAACAGAGGCAGAACUAUUAUCAUUAAUACUCGGUUCUCUCACACAAUCGAUAGCUUAGACUGCCAAUAACAAUUGACGGAACCUGACGAAGCAUUCAAACUCAC